AUGGUGGGAAAUGGAGGAAAUUUGAGAGAUGUGGAGAGCCUUCAUGUUGGAUUCAUAAUUCAACCUUUCAAUUCUUCCCCUAGGCAAUUGUACUACCUGGUGGAAGAGGGGAGUAAUGUCGACGGAGAGAAACACACACCCAUGUCCUUCAGUGGAAGAUUGGGCUUAGCGGAGUUUUUGUCCCUUAAGGUAUGGAGGGCAUCUCUUGCAGAGCUCAUUGGCACGUCUGUCGUCGUGUUCGCCUUAGACACCAUAGUCAUCUCUUCCUAUGAGACCCCAACCAAAACACCUAACGUUCUCAUGUCCUUUUUCAUCUCCCUCACUGUUACAAUUCUCUUACUUGCAACUUUCCCAAUUUCUGGUGGCCACAUCAACCCUGUCGUCACAUUCUCGGCUGCCCUUAUUGGUCUCAUCUCAUUUGCUCGUGCCGCCAUCUACAUUGUUGCCCAAUGCGCUGGAGCUGUGCUAGGGGCACUCACAGUUAAAGCUAUAGUCAGUAGCACAAUUGUACAUGCCUUCUCUCUUGGUGGUUGUACUCUCACAGUUAUUGCACCAGGCCCACAUGGACCUGUAUCAGUUGGUAUAGAAACAGGCCCUGCCCUUUGGCUUGAGAUCGUAUGUACUUUUAUCUUCCUUUUUGCUUCUGUUUGGAUCGCGUUCGACCAUCGUCAAGCAAAGGCUCAUGGACCUGUUAUUGUUUGCUCGAUCAUUGGACUUAUAGUUGGCCUGUUGGUGUUUAUAUCCACCACAGUGAACUUCAAAGAAAGGUUAUGCUGGUGUAGGGAUGAACCCAGCUAG